AGAAAUGCAAGACCUUAUCCAAAAAAUAUUAAAAUGGGAAGAAAAAAAAAAAGUGAUUAUCUGUGAAGGAUUCCAACUUUGCAUAAUUUAAUUAGCAAUAGCAAAACAGAUCGAUCAAAAGUUCUCUAGCAAAGAAGAUCGGGAUGAAGAUUGAAGUUGAAGUAAUCACCAAAGAGACAAUCAAACCAUCUUCUCCAACCCCUCACCAUCUCCACCACCACCAGCUCUCCUUUCUGGAUCAAUUAGCACCCCAUGCCUACGUUCCUUUUCUCUACUUUUAUGAAUUCAAUGGCUCCACAAACAUCCAUCAAAUCUCCAACCUCCUCAAGACUUCUCUAUCCAAAGUCUUGACCCAAUACUACCCUUUUGCUGGGAGAGUCAGAAACAACCUUUUUGUUCACUGCCAAGACCAAGGCAUCCCAUUUUCUGAAGUUAAAGUCAAAACCCAUCUGCUCUCUGAUGUCAUCACCAACCCUUGCCUCUCUGAGCUCCACAAACUGCUGCCAUUCAAGCUGGAUGAAGUCACAGAAACAGCCCUUGGUGUCCAGCUCAAUGUGUUUGAAUGUGGAGGAAUUGCUGUGGGGUUAUGCAUCUCACACAGAAUUGCAGACGGCCUCUCAUGUUUUACAUUUGUGAACAAUUGGGCAGCUGCUUCUAAUUGUGGACCGGGGAACAAAAAUUCUAUUGUGGGUCCGGAUUUUUCUGCAGCUUCAAUUUUCCCACCAAGAAAUAUGGAUGGGUAUUUAGGGUUUCCUAUCACCAAGAUCAAAACCAAGAUGUUUGUGUUUGAUGUGUCAAAGGUUGAGGCUUUGAGAUCAAGAUAUGAACAGAGCAUCAAGGUCUCAAAAACCCAGAAACGGCCAUCAAAAGUUGAGGCCUUGUCUGCUUUUUUAUGGGACAUCUUUGUUUUGUCAAGGCCUAGGGAAAGAGCUCAAACGUUGUACGCAGUUGUUUAUAUCAUGGAUCUUCGUUCCAGGUUCAAGCCACCUCUGCCUCAGCAUACUUUUGGAAAUUAUUACAGGGCUGCCAUGUGUCACGGCCCGCAUGUUCAAGGCCCAAUUCAAGGCUCAACCCGUUGGAUUGAUCAUGCUGGACCUCUUAGCCCAUAUGUCCAGAUUCGUUGUACCGUAGUUGGUAGAAGUAGUUGGUGGAUGUUGGUGGGUGACAUAGUUGGUGGAUGGUGUUAG